AUGCCCAGUCCCGUUGCAAAUACCACAGCGCCUCGGGCGCGUUUUUACGCGUUUGGAGGGAGCUUCGGGGGACUUGACUUCGAGCCGACCUACAACUUCCCAACCACAAAUAUCAUAUCGCCCUUCCCUCCACCACCAGUCAACACAAUCGACUGGUCCAACGUGGGUUUCCGCGUUCGUGAAGUCGCACUACACUACUCCGUCCACACCAAAAAAUGGACGCCGCCUCAGUUUGUCGCUGAUCCUUACAUCCGAAUCCACGGCAUGGCCCCGGCCCUCAACUAUGGCCAGCAAGCCUACGAGGGACGAAAGCCUUCCGCACGCCCUGAAUACAUCUCCUGCCCACCCGUACCGGUCGAGCACUUUGUCAAUGCUGUCAAAGCCACCGUAUCGCUCAAUGCCGAAUACGUCCCACCCCAUGAGACUGGUGCUGCUAGGUACAUCCGCCCACAGAUUUACGGUUCCAGCGGCCAGUUGGGACUGAGCCCGCCAGAGGAGUAUAUGUUCUGCGUCUACGUCCUGCCCACGGGAGUCUACCACGGCACGCAUCCUGUCGAUGCGCUCAUUCUGGACGACUUUGAUCGGGCGGCGCCAAAUGGCACUGGAAGCGCCAAGGUCGGUGGUAACUAUGCGCCUGUGCUGCGAUGGAGUGACAAGGCGAGGACUGAGGGUUAUGGAAUCACACUGCAUUUGAAUAGUGCGACGCAUUCUGAGGUUGACGAGUUCAGCACCAGUGGAUUCAUUGGCGCAUUGGUCGAUGGCGAUAAUGUUACUUUAGUGGUUCCGGAUUCAAAAAAUGUCAUCAAGAGUGUGACGGCCGACAGCAUCACCGAUAUCGGCAAGAGCUUCGGGUGGAACCUGGAAAGGCGAUCGAUCAAAUACACCGAACUCCCCAACUUCUCCGAGGUUAUGGCUGCUGGGACUACCGCCGCGCUUGUUCCUAUCCGGACCAUUUCUCGUUGCAUCGACCCGUCAUCACCGGACUCGAUCAGUGCAGCCGUGAAGCAACACCCGCGAUUGUCCUCCGAUAAGCAAGCCGAGAAGGUGAAUUACAUCGAAGAGAGCCAGGAGGAUGCGGGUCCGGUUUGCUUGAAGCUUCUGACCCAGCUCAAGGCUAUCCAGCUCGGAAAGGCCAAAGAUGAAUUCGGCUGGUGUGCUCCAGUCACUGCAGAGGAUGGCGCCAAAAUCACUGGCGUACCCAAGGCAACUAAAGGUGACGGCCAAACGGUCGACCAGUUGGAUUAA